ACUAAACCUUGCACGUUCUAAUCUUUUUGGCCCAUUAACCCACUCAAAUUUCAAUUAAGUUCCGACUAGCCGUCGCCGUUACCGUCGCCGGUGAUCGACCUUGAAGAGAUAAUGAAGUUCACUGACUCGCCGGUGAUCGACCUUAAAGUCCUCGAUUCUCAGCUAGCUUUCCAUCAAGACAAUGGAUCUAUGCAUGUCGGCACCAGUGUAUGGCCCUGUUCACUAGUCCUUGUCAAGUUCGGUGAAAGGUGGCAUCCUCAAACAUGCGCCGUGAACCCAAAUCCCUAUGCUGAAAUCCUUAACUUUCACAACAAGCGCGGUGUAGAGCUCGGAGCCGGCUGUGGAGUAGCAGCGAUGGGGCUUUUCUUAUUAGGUCUAAACAACGUCGUUAUCACCGAUAUUGCUCCGGUUAUGCCAGCCCUAAAGCACAAUCUGAAGCGAAACAAGCCUGUUUUGAAGAAGAGUUUGAAGACGGCUCAGUUGAACUGGUCCAAUCAGGAUCAGAUAAAAUCACUCGGCCCGCCGUUUGAUGUCGUCAUCGCCGCCGAUGUGGUGUACUUGGAGGAGACGGUUGGUCCGUUGCUGUCGGCUAUGGAUGCUUUGGUGGGAGAAAACGGUGUCGUUUUGUUGGGGUAUCAGCUGAGAUCUCCUGAGGCGCAUGAGAAGUUCUGGGAGCUUUGUGGAGAGAUGUUUGACGUCGAAAAGGUUCCACACGAGCAUUUACAUCCAGAAUACGCCUAUGAGGAGACUGACGUUUAUAUUUUCAGGAAGAAGAAGAAACUAUAGGACCCCCUCCUUCGAAAUUUUGUAAUCUUAACAGGAGUUGAAACUUGCAACUCACUGGACUCAGUACUCACUCCAUGUAACCAGUCUGGUAUGUUUUGUUGCAGAAAGGAUCGUCUAUCUAGUGUCCCAACUGCAGAACACCAGGAAGGAAUAUCGUCUCAGUCAUCACCGCUGUGUUUGCAUGCAUAUCAUUAUAGUCGAAGACCUAUAUUUAUAUAUAUGUAUUCUGAUAGAUGGCUAUUCUGCUGCCACAAGAAUUGGAUAGCUAUGGUUAUACCAGGCUUAACGAUAUCUUGAUGCCAAAGGAUAGCAAGUACAAUCAUCAACUUUGUAAUAUUUCACUCUUAUGAUGAAAAUGCAUGUCCCAGAGCUCAGGUUUAUACACUAUAUCAACACAAUUGUUCCUA